CUCUUCGUCCUCCUCGUCCUCCUCGCCUCACCGGGGCCGUCCUUCUCGCAGGUGCCCGCCGCGGCCUUCGUGGACGUGGCGGUCUGCUUCUCGGCCGAGGAGUGGGCAGAGCUGACGGAGUGGCAGAAGGAUCUGUACCGAGACGUCAUGGCGGAGAAUUACGAGCUGGUCUCUUCGCUGGAAUGUCUGCUGUCCAUCCCUGAGCUUCUCUCCCAGCUGGCACGAGGAGAGGUACCCCGGACCGGGGCCAGGCCACACCCAGGGCAGGACGGGGACUCCCCAGCUGUGAGAGAGGAGCAGGAGGCAAAGGGCGCCGAGGGCCCGCAAGAGGGCGGCCAAGGUGGCUCUGACCAGCUGAAGAAGACCCGCCCGCGCCAUUCCCGGACUCCGGCGAAGAAGCCCAAGAGGCCGGUUUCUCAGGCUGGAGGAAGGCCGCCACCUGCAGCAGGGCAAGGCCGAGGCCCUGGGGAGGGUGCCACGAAGCAGAAGGCCGGGGCUCGGAAAAGAGAGAAGCCGUACAAGUGCCCCAAGUGCCGGCGGAGCUUCCUGGGCCGCAUCGCCUUGACCGCCCACCGGCGCCUGCAUGUCCGAAAGUGGCCCCGGAUCGGACCCCAGGCAGCUGGACGUUCCCCGCAUGCCCCAGAACUGGCAGUGCCCCAAGAGGGUGAGAUGGGCACCAGUGCCAGCCCCUUCCCCAGCAGCCAGGGGGAGGGCACGCUGCCCUUCUGGCCUGAGAUGGCCUUGCACCAGCAGGGCCCUCCGGCACCCAGCUUCAAUCCUUGGGCCCUUGGGUAUGGGCCCCAGCCCCUGCCGGGGCACCAGGCACCCGGCCUGCCUGGCAACGGGGAGUUCAUCUGCGACCAGUGCGGGUGGAGCUUCCACGGCUGGGAGGAGCUGGUCACCCACCAGAUGGCUCACAUGGCCGCAGAGGGCAUCGCUGGCUCGGUGCCCAAGGCGGAGGCGCUGGCCCACCUGGCCAGCGACCGGCCGUACGCCUGUGCCCAGUGCGGAAAGAGCUUCCGGCACAAGCCCAACCUGCUGGCCCACCGGCAAGUCCACACGGGCGAGCGGCGCUACCAGUGCCAGGAGUGCGGCAAGUCCUUCGGCAGCAAGGCUUACCUGGCCUCCCACCAGCACAUUCACACCGGGGAGAAGCCCUACGUCUGCGCCCAGUGCGGCAAGAGCUUCCGCCACAAGCCCAACCUCAUCUCCCACCAGAAGAUCCACUCGCGGGAGCCUCUUCCCCAGGGCAGCCCCCACCCCCUCGAGGCCUUCAACGGGGAGGCUUUCCAGAGCCAGCGGCCUGUGGCGGACCCCCUCGGCCUGGAGGCCUUCCAGCCGCACCGCCCGCCUGCCGAGGCCCCCCUGCCCUGUGCCCGGGGCACCACCCCCCUCCCCCAACUGCCCGGGGUCCUGCCUUCGCCGCAGCCUCAGCUGGUGGUGGACCGCCCCUUCGUCUGCCCGGUCUGUGCCAAGCAAUUCCGUUGCAAGCCCUACCUGGUGGCCCACAUCCGGAUCCACACUGGGGAGAAACCCUACGCCUGCAGCCGGUGCCCAAAGCGCUUCUCUCAGAAGUCCAACCUGGUCUCGCACGAGCGCUUGCACACGGGGGAGAAGCCCUAUGCGUGUCCGCUGUGCCCACGGGUCUUCAGCCAAGGCUCCAACAUGCGGGCCCAUCAGCGCAGCCACAGGAAUGUCCCUGGGGCAGAGCCAGAGGGGGGGCUCCGUUCGGGCUACCCGCCCCGACAGAUUCAGCAGCCGAACUAGGGGGUGGCCUUUCAGCUGCUGCUGGUGUGCCGGGUUUCUGCUUCUCUCCCCCCACCCCUUGUGCCCUCUCGGCCACGUUGCCCUUGGACAGGGUGUGCCCAUGGCGCCUUGCGCUGUGCAGAAGUCCCUCUUGCUUCCAAGGAGUGUCCCCCAUCCCCUGAAAAUCCCUGGAAGUUCUGUAGGAGUGUUCCUUUUCUUCCAAGGGGGGCUAGAGGGGCCCCAAUACUUGGCACCGUUACCUGGAGUCCCUGAGAGCUGGGGAGAGGUGGUAGCCACGUGGCUGGAAAGGAGACAUUGCAGGUUUGUAGGAUUUAGCUGGCGUUCUGAGAGACUCUGGGGCCGUCCCUUGUUCUCGAGCACGGGAAGUACUUGCCAAAAGUGGCAUGAGAGCCAGGAUGCAAAAGAGUACCCUGAAAUCUGCUAGCCAGAGGGGAGUGUGAUGGUCCCUGGCAGGGAUCUGGCCCAUCCCUUCCCCCUCAACAUCAACCCUUUGCCAGCCCCCCUGGGCACGUCCCUUGGGGAAGAGAGCACACGAGGAGGACCCGAUUCCACCAACGGUGCCACCUGCCUGCCUGUGAGCAUUACGGGGAAAUGGUGGACUUAAAAAGAAGGGUGGGCUGCUAGUGCUUGUCCUUUGGGGAGACAGAUGAGGACUUACUAAGGGGUCUCCUGGCCCAGCCCCAUAAGGUGGGGCUCUGGGUCUUGGUGGGAGAGCUGCUGCCUUCCAGUCCCCCCUUGGCCCACCUGCUGCCGCACCCCUGCAUGCAAGCGGGGCUGCCCGAUCCACACAUCUGCAAUCUAUUUAAUUAUUUAUAGAAAGAGUAGAAUUUGGGACAAUUUGGGGCAAAGUCUUGUAAAAAGGAACCGGGGCUGGGAGCUCCUAAUUCCUGACGUCGGCAGACAGCAGCGUCCUUCCUGGGUGCAGCCCUGCUCUGGAGACCCACAAAUUAGUUUGUGUCUCCACUGAUUUCCUAUUGUAUACUCUUUUCAAAAAAUAAAGCAGUAGAUGUUAAUUUUGAAAGCCCAGCCUGAGCGUGCUUGCUUUUCCGGAGGUUUCUCGGCCAAACCACCUGAAGGACAGCAGAACGGUCAUCUCUCUCUACGGGAGCAGAAACCACAAGAGGUGAGGUGAGGUUUUCAGUGAACCGAAUCCCCAUUCUCUGUCUUCCUAUGGCAGUUCUAAAUUACUGAAGUGCUAGAAAUCCACGAGUAGAUGGUUUAUUGCAGAAGGAAAAAGACAAUCUUUGCAAUGGCGAGCGAUAACAUGGGAGGCGGUUGGGUUCCAGAUUAAGAGCGUUGUGUAAAAAUGAAUCGUAGCACCAUCCAUGAUUUACAGCCGGUUGCAUCAAGCUCGCUCGUUCCAGGCGUUGCUCUCGAUUAUCCUCGCCCUGCCCAAGGAUAGCAAUGAACUCUCGAAGGCCUUGGCUGCAUUUGCACAGCGGGCUCGGGCGGGCUCAGUGCCGCGGCUCAUGCAAAGGACGAACGGCGGUUGGCUGGGUUCGCGAAGCCAGAUGCUGGCCGAGGGCGGGGACCCAGAACCGCACGUCUGAUGGGGGAAACCUGACUGCGGGAUAAGCUCGGUCUCUCAGCAAAGGGCCCCCGGUGACACGCUGGGAAGCACGGGGGGGGAAUGGCUCG